AUGGGGGAAGCGUUUGCCGACGGGUGGAGCAAGUACAUGAACCUGUUUCUUUUAUGUCUCACCCAUCAACUGGCCCGCAUUACAGCCACGAAAGAGGCAGUCUGCACAGUGUGCCAUUGUUCAUCCACUCCACACACCUCAGACGCUAUAUUCACACUCAAGACAGUCAGCCAGCGGUUUGUUGUUGAAAGAAAAUUUGCCGAUUUUCUCUAUGUCUUCAGCAAGCCGGCAGCUUAUCGCCAAUACAAGGCAUCACAAUGA